AUGGAAUUGAGACGCUCGUCGCGGCGCAAGGCCGCCGGGCAGGACUCAAAGCAAGACCCUGCGCAGGAGCCGGGUCACACGGGAGAGCGCGCCCCAGACCGCGAGCCUGCGCGCAGAUCAGCCCACGAGCAGGAACAGAAGCUUGGCCGGCAGCAAUCGCAGGCGCCGCCCGCCGCCGCCGCCCGCAAGAGGCGUAAGCCUCUGCGAAAAGACGCCCCGCGCAGGCUAGCUCGGCCCGCGUUUCUUAGCUUGCCGCAGCCGCAUUCGUCGCUCGACUCCGACGCUGUGCGCGCCUGCGGCAAGAAGUCUGCGGAGCUCGUCGCUAUCCAGGACCACCCGCUGGCGCGCGACCCGGCUUUGCAGAGGCUGACCCAGCAGGUGCAGCAGCUGUCGGAGUCGCUGCAGUCGCUGCAGUCGCUACAGGAACCGCAGCGCUCCGAAGACGAAGAGCUUCUCCCGCGCAUUAGGCAGGAGCUUGGCAACGGUAACCGCGACCUGGUGCUUGCCAGAGCCCUCACGGACCCCAACAUCAGCGAGAGCCAGUCCCUCAAGCUCGUCGCCAAAUGGUACGGUAUCGACAUGCGGGACGUGUGCGAUAUCGCGUUCCUACGCGACAAGCCCGGCGCCGACCGCAACUCACGUCAGCGGUCCGAGCUGCAGUUCGUCAACAAGAGGAUCAGCAGAGCUUUGCUCCAGGAAAGAGACACGUCGUUGCCGUGGCCCGAAAAAAGGCGCAAGACGGACACCUCCCAGCCCACGGAAGCCUCCUCGAGCGGCGACGCCGGCGACCGCUUCCAAAACGUCACGCUUCUCUCGUGA